CAGCAGGACGUUACUCACCCGGCUUCCGGUUUUGCGUUCCACUUGACAUUCGGCCCUUGAAUUCUACUCGGUUGCCGACCCAUGCGUUCCACUCCCGUUCGACUCCACUGCGGCGGCCUGUGCGUUCCAGCCGACUUCCGGCCAGUGCGUUUCACAAGACUUCCACUCUGUACCGGAUGUGAGGUCCCCGCGCUCCUCCUCUCUGGUCUCCACCCUCUGCUCACGGGUCACCGGUGACUGGGAGACAGCGGUUGUGUCUAUGACGCCGCAAGAAGUGAAGAAGACAUCUGGUGACUGACAUCCUUCAGCUGUGCCUACAUCACGGUGCCUCCACCUCACUGACACAUGAGAGACACACUGACCAGAAGAUCCUGGAAUUCACCAUCAUUCAGCUGCUGACUGGAGAGGAGUGGGAGUAUAUAGAGGAACACAGGGGUCUGUAGAAGGACGUGAUGAUGGAGAAUCACCGGCCCCUCACAUCACUGGAUGGGGCCAGUAACAGGAAUACUCCAGAGAGAUGUCCCCGUCCUCUUUAUUCCCAGGAUCAUACAGAGGAGACUCACAGUGUCCCACAGGAGGGUCAGGGUGAAGGUCUGACUAAUGUUAAGGCAGAAGAUCUAGGGGUAGAAGAAGAGACCAAUCUGACUGAUAUUAAGGUAGAAAAUAUAAAGGAGGAAGAAGAAGAGACGUAUGUGACUGAUAUGAAGAUAGAAGAUACAGAGGGAGAAGAAGAGACGUAUGCUAGUGAUCUGAAGGCAGAAGAUAUAGGGGAAAAAGAAGAGAUGUAUGUGACAGAGAUUAAGGUGGAAAAUGUAAAGGAGGAAGAAGAGACGUAUGUGAUGGGUGAUCAGCCAUGUAAGGAGGAUGAAAUCCCUACAGGUCUGAGCAUAGGUGGACACAGCAGCAGGAAUUCCUCAGAGGAACGUCUCAGUUUAUCUCCAGAUGGUGGUAUAGAAGAUAAUGUCAUCACACAAGAUUAUCCAGAAGAAAAGUCAAUUACCCCAGUUAUACAUCCAGUAACACAAAGUGCAGAUACAGCAUCUAAUCCGUCUAACCAUGGGAAAUGUUUUCCUGAUACAUCAGAUAUAGGUGAAUCUGUUACACUUCAUACUGAAGAUAAAAUACUUCUCAGUUCUAAAGAUGCCAAAUGUUCUACACAGAACACAAAGCUAAUUACUAAUCGGUCAGCUAUGACAGGUGAGAAACCAUUUCCAUGUUCUGAGUGUGGGAAAUGCUUUCCACAGAAAUCAUCUCUUGUUAUGCAUGAGAGAAUUCACACAGGUGAGAAACCAUUUACAUGUUCGGAGUGUGGAAAAUGUUUUACACAGAAAUCAUCUCUUGUUACACAUCAGAAACAUCACACAGGUGACAAAUUGUUUCCAUGCUCUGAAUGUGGGAAACGCUUUACACGGAAAUCACAAGUUGUUAGACAUGAGAGAAUUCACACAGGUGAGAAGCCAUUUCCAUGUUCUGAGUGUGGGAAAUGCUUUCCACAGAAAUCAUAUCUUGUUAUACAUGAAAGAAGUCACACAGGUGUGAAGCCAUUUCCUUGUACUGAUUGUGGGAAAUGCUUUCUACAGAAAUCACAUCUUGUUAUACAUGAAAGAAGUCACACAGGUGAAAAGCCAUUUUCAUGUUCUGAGUGUGGGAAAUGUUUUCUACAUAAAGCAAAUCUUGUUGUACAUCAGAAAUAUCACACAGGUGAGAAGCAAUUUCCGUGUUCUGAGUGUGAGAAAUGCUUUCCACAGAAAUUACAACUUGUUAGACAUGAGAGAAGUCACACAGGGGAAAAGCCAUUUCCAUGUCCUGAGUGUGGGAAAUGCUUUACACUUAAAUCAAAUCUUGUUACACAUCAGAGAAGUCACACAGGUGAGAAGCAAUUUCCAUGUUCUGAGUGUGGGAAAUGUUUUGCACAUAAAUCAAAUCUUGUUAUGCAUCAGAGAAGUCAUACAGGUGAUAAGCAAUUUCCGUGUCCUGAGUGUGGGAAUUGCUUUACACGUAAAUCGAAUCUUGUUACACAUCAGAGACUUCACACAGGUGAGAAACCAUUUCCAUGUUCUGAGUGUGGGAAAUGUUUUACACGGAAAUCAUAUUUAGUUACACACGAGAAAAGUCACACAGGUGAGAAGCCAUUUCCAAGCUCUGAGCCGGAAAUGUUUUCCAUAUAAAUCAGCUUUCUGCAGCGGGGUACACUGGUAUUCCACAGGGAAUAACAUCGAGGUGUAGAGUUGGAUCUUGAUCCGAGGCACCAACAGGCUAAAGCUUUGACUUCCCAAGAUGCACUGCAUCGCCUCCUCUAUAUCCCCGCCUCCAGGCACUGGAGCUCAGUUUGUAAGUUGGUUCCUGCAGUGCAGGCAGCUAACAGGGAUGGCGGCGCUAGACAGCCCUGAAAAGUGCAGGGACCCCACUAUAUCCACCAGGGCAAGGAGCACAGGUCGUAUUUACCAAAAUCCAUUUAAUAGAGGCUCCAUAGUACCCGGUGGUGAAGUCCAGCAGAGGGGAUAAGGCUCUGACCUGUAGCCCCAGUCGCCAUUUACAGCAGAUGUUCCCGCCCUGGAGCUGCAUCUCUCUCCCUCACUCCCUGUCAGCGUUUGGGCGCCAUUACACAGAGCUGCUGGGCAAUGUAUCCUCUGUAAAGCCGCCAUGCCUCAUCAGCGCUGUGCAUUUACAGGACACUUAAGUAUUCUACAUGUCGUUUAGACCGCGUUAGUAAAGAACAAGUGCAUAACUACAGGGAUAUUUAGUACAAAUAUCCUGUGAUAUACAUACAUAGCUUUACUUUAGUAUUGCUAGUCCAGUGCAGUUUUAUUGUUUGUAAUAAUUUCUGCAUUGUAUAUAUGACUGUGUGUGCCAAUAGCUGCUGUGGGGUUCCUAUUCUGUGUAUCUCACACAUAUUGCUAUCCCUAUAUUCUGUACCCAGACGGGGGCUAAGUGCGCCAGGGUCCUUGGUUAAACAAAAGCCUGACCCUCGCCUCACUAGGACCAAAGGGUCAUCUAAGCGGGCCAUUUCUUCCUCACAAUCCAUGCAUGUUUCAGAUACUUCAUCCGAUGAAGAUGGCGUAUAUACUGACCCAUCAGACACUGAUGCAGAUGCUUCUGAUGGGGAAUCUACAACACAGGUGGAUGUUCCUGACCUCUUGGAGGCUAUCAAACUGAUUAUUCAGAUUGAUGAUGAAACUGAACCUCCAGAUACGUCUAAGAAACCUAAUAACUUCAAACGUCAGAAGGUUACUAAAUUAGUUUUGCCACAUUCUGACCAUUUAGUUGACAUACGUCAGGAGUCCUGGGAGUCUCCAGGAAAGAAAUUCUCCCUGUCUAAAAAGAUGCUCGCUCGUUAUCCCCUCGCUGCAGGGUUAAGUAAAAAUUGGGAAACGCCACCUCAGGUGGACUCACAUGUUGCACGUUUUGGUGGUGUCUUCUACUCUGCCUGUAACUACCGUCACCUCUCUGAUGGAACCGACGGAGAAGCGUGUGGAGGGUUGCUUGGAGUCUAUAUACACUCUUGCGAGUGCUGUGCAUAGACCUGCCAUAGUGGCUUCUUGGGCUGCAAAAGCUAUUGAAGCAUGGGUUCAAGAAGUUGAAGCGGAGCUAACUUCUAAUUUCUCUUACGUCCUAGAGGAUGCUGGGGACUCCAAAAGGACCAUGGGGUAUAGACUGGAUCCGC